CAACCUCAUGUAACCAGAGUUACCUAACCGUCGAAGUCAAAUUCCACCACGAAGACCAUUAAACUUCUUUUCUUGGUUGCAUUUUCAUAGCUAAUGGCGGCAACGGCUAGUUUCGUUCAGAAGUUAGGUAAUGCAGUUAAGGAAGUGGCGAGAAGCAAAGGGUCAAGCUGGUGGUACACUCCCCACAUGGCCGCAGCCUCUCGUGCAAUAGCGGAACGAAUCCCAUUGGUUGAUCUUGUCCUGGAAGUCAGAGAUGCGCGGAUUCCUUUAUCAUCCGAAUUUGAGCAACUGAGAAAUUUUCCAUCUUCCUCGAGGCACAUCAUUGUACUCAACAAGAUGGACCUUGCAAGUCGCUCCCAACUGAAGGAGUGGACAAUGUAUUUUGAGCAACACAACCAUAUAUCUUAUGGAGUCAAUUCACACAAUAAGGAGAAUAUCAAGGAGUUCUUGAACUUUCUACAAGCCAGAGUUAAAGAAUACAAGAAGACUGACCAUUCGAGUCAUACCAUAACUAUAAUGCUCGUUGGGAUUCCUAACGUAGGCAAGUCUGCCCUUGCCAACUUGUUGCAUCACGUUGGAAGGAUCAGUGCUGCAGAGAAAGGAAAGUUGAAACAUGCAAUAGUGAGUCCAGAGCCAGGGGAGACAAAAGAUAUUAGCAGCUUGAAGAUAGGUAGCCAUCCAAAUAUCUAUGUUUUGGACACCCCCGGUGUUUUGCCUCCUAAGGUUCUUGAUGCUGAAGUGUGCUCCAAACUAGCUUUAACAGGAGUUAUAAGGGACUCUGUGGUUGAUGAGAGACAACUUGCAGAAUAUUUUCUGGCUAUCCUCAGCUUGAGUGACGAGUACAAGAAAUGGGCAAAGUUAUCUACCUUCGAGAACAAUAGAUUAUUUGCUGAUUAUAUGGUAGAGAGUUCUGGAAGCUCUGAAUUGGACAAAAGACGUAGAAAGCAAAGUCCUAAAGAUCACACACAGGAUUCCAUUGUGCAUAAUGUUCGACGAACACUCUUUGAGGUAAUUUCAUCUUUCCAUGGUAAUCUGGAAGAUAAAAAGGAUUUGGAACGGCUCAUUGAAACACAGUUCACAGCCUUGCAGCAAGCUUUUCACGUUCCUUCUGCAUCAGAUGAAGAUGGACAUAACACAGUUUCUUUCAAGUUACUUAAUUUAUAUCGAACUGGAAGGCUUGGCCAUUAUACUUUAGACUUUCUUCCAAGGAAUGCUUCAGGACUUGUUUCAAUAGCUGGGGAAGCGUACGCUUUGCAUGGCGAUAGUAGUUUUGUACUAUGUUCCAAAGAUGAUGUAGCACAAACACAGCCAUUGAUGCUCCGCAAAAGGAUUAGACGUCCCCAUGCUACGGUUCCUGCGGUCCAAACCCAGUGUCGCAUUAGGUUAGGGAGCUGGGCGAUAAUGGCUCCUCCACAUGCCAAAGUGCGCUGCCUCCUAUGCAGGCAACCCUAA